ACCCUCCGGUUGUUUACCGUCGGCCGCGCCCCCCCCCCCCCGCCCUUUCUCCGGGUGCCCCCGGUUGAGCCCGGUCGCAGUUCGGAGAGCUCCCCAGAGGAGAGAUCACCCGGCCCCCCCGGUGCCCCCCACCCCGGUCUGGCCCGGGAUGCUGCACGGAGCUGAGCACUGAGGCGGGCGCCAUGGGGUGCGCGUCGUAGCCCACACCGUGGCCCCCCCUGCGCGUGGCACCGGUGGCGGAGCCCACUCGGUCGGUGCUGAGCGCUCCUUGAUGGAAUUGCGGUGAAUGGAACAGAAGCCCAGCACCCUGGACCCGCUGUCGGAGCCAGAGGAUACCCGGUGGCUGGAUGGCAAGCGCAAAAGAAAGAGCAGCCAAUGUUUGGUGAAGAGCAGCAUGUCAGGGUACAUCCCUAGUUACUUGGACAAAGAUGAACAGUGCGUGGUGUGCGGGGACAAAGCCACCGGCUACCACUACCGCUGCAUCACCUGCGAGGGCUGCAAGGGCUUUUUCCGUCGGACCAUCCAGAAGAACCUGCACCCCACCUACUCCUGCAAGUACGAUGGCUGCUGCGUCAUCGACAAGAUCACCCGCAACCAGUGCCAGCUCUGCCGCUUCAAGAAGUGCAUCUCCGUGGGCAUGGCCAUGGACUUGGUGCUGGAUGACUCGAAGCGGGUAGCGAAGCGGAAGCUGAUCGAGGAGAACCGGGAGCGGCGGCGGAAGGAGGAGAUGAUCAAAUCGCUGCAGCAUCGCCCCAACCCCAGCGCCGAGGAGUGGGAGCUGAUCCACGUGGUGACCGAGGCCCAUCGCAGCACCAACGCCCAGGGCAGCCACUGGAAGCAGAAGCGGAAAUUCCUGCCCGAUGACAUCGGCCAGUCGCCCAUGGCCUCCAUGCCCGACGGGGACAAAGUCGACCUGGAGGCGUUCAGUGAGUUUACAAAAAUCAUCACCCCGGCCAUCACCCGCGUGGUCGACUUUGCCAAAAAACUGCCCAUGUUUUCGGAGCUGCCUUGUGAAGACCAGAUCAUCCUGCUGAAGGGCUGCUGCAUGGAGAUCAUGUCGCUGCGGGCGGCCGUGCGCUACGACCCCGAGAGCGAGACGCUGACGCUCAGCGGGGAGAUGGCGGUCAAGCGGGAGCAGCUCAAGAACGGCGGCCUCGGCGUCGUCUCCGAUGCCAUCUUCGACCUGGGAAAGUCCCUCUCUGCCUUCAACUUGGAUGACACCGAGGUGGCCCUGCUCCAGGCUGUGCUGCUCAUGUCCUCAGACCGGACGGGGCUGAUCUGUGUGGAGAAGAUCGAGAAGUGCCAGGAGACGUACCUGUUGGCCUUCGAGCACUACAUCAACUACCGCAAACACAACAUUCCCCACUUCUGGCCCAAGCUGCUGAUGAAGGUGACGGAUCUGCGGAUGAUCGGCGCCUGCCACGCCAGCCGCUUCCUGCACAUGAAGGUGGAGUGUCCCACCGAGCUCUUCCCCCCGCUCUUCCUCGAGGUCUUCGAGGACCAGGAGGUGUAGAGCCGCCACCCCCCCUCUCCCCCACCUCCCCUUAAACACCCCCUCUCCUCCUGCCCACUCUGCUCUCCCUUCUCCCCUCUCAAAAAGGAAAAAGAAAAAAGAUGUUUCUUAUCCCUUGGCCACCCCCCCCACACACACACCCCCAGGGGCGAGGGGGGGAUGCUGCGCCCAGAGUGGGGGUCCUGUUGUGCCCCCUCCCCCCUGCCGCGCCCCCAGGACUUGACGACUUUUGUUUGUUUGCACAGGGAAGGGCCCCGACGGUCGAGCGUUUCCUUUAUUGUCCUUCUCUUCUUAGAUUAUUAUUUUUUAAGCAUUUAUUUCCCUCCCUGAGAGGCUAAAAUAUUAAACUAACUGCACUUUGGAA